AUGCAGGCUCGGCAGGAAAAAGAGAUGCAGGAGCUGGAUGAAUGCACUUUCCAGCCAUCAAUCAACACGCGCUCCGAGUACUAUGCUAGACGGUCCCGCAGCUGCAUGGUUGAAUCUCUGCCAGAGCGAUUGUUCCACGAGGCUGACAAGAGGGCUAGCUUGAGAAACAAGGCCAAGGAGCUCAUGGAAGCAGACACACUGUGUGCCUACAGUUUCCAGCCCAGCAUCAACCCGAGCAGCAAAGGCGCUAAUCGAGCACCACUACAUCUCCGUGCAGAGGAGCUACGCCAAAGACGUGAGCAAAGAGUGCGGAGUGCACAAGUCGCUGAAGAUAGACGUGCUGAAACCCUUUUUCAGCCAAAGAUCUCCAACCGCAGCGAGCGGAUUGUUCAGAAGAAGCGCGACAUGCUGUACAGGUGCGCUUCACAGGGCCGAGUCGAUUGUCUUAGGCAGCUGGGUCCUGUCGAGGAGCGGCUUUAUGCAGAGGCACAGGAAAAAGAGCAGCGACGUGCGGCACUCCAGGACUUUCACCAUGAUUCCCUGCAAUCCUUCCCAGGCGUUGAUGACACAUCAAGGAGGAUUUGCAAAUAUUCCGUCUACUUCCAGGGCCCUCAGCAGGAUUUCCUUGCAAGACAACAAGCCUUCGAGCUUGCAAAGCAAAAGAGACUGGAGGUUAGAGCACAGCACGCUGAUAGCGACUGCUGUUUCCACCCGAGCAUCACUGAAACCAGCAGACAAUUAGUCUCAAGGAAUCUGGACCUUCUCGGGGAGACCAUGGAGGAGCGGAUUCACCGCCUCGCAAUUCGCGAUGCGGAGCGCCGUGAGCAGACUCGCGCUGAGCUGGAGCAGCUACACCACAAGGACUGCACCUUCAAGCCACAAAUUAACGCUGUCUCCGAGAUGCUGGCAUCAACCUCCACGGGCAAGGCUGAUGACUCUGGUCCACACGAGCGCCUCUAUCGCUCGGCUUUGUCGAAGAGCGCUGCAAGCGAAGAGUGGCAGCCCGAAGAGAGCUUCAGGCCACGACUGGAUCCACGCAGCUCAAGGCGCUUUUCGCACAUCAAGUCCCGCUAUGCAAAUAGAUCUGACAUCCUGGAUACCAUUCGCCAGGAGCAAGAGAGAAAGGCUGAGUACCUGCUCGAGAGACGUCGUGAACUGGAUGAGGAAAAGUCGGCUGAUUGCACUUUCGUCCCCCGCGUGAAGGAGAUUUUUCACCAGGACUUGCAUAAGCCCGUGGCAGUCAGCGGUCUAGAUCGUUUCUUUGAGCUCAAGAGUUUGGCCCUCAAGAAGCAGCAGGAGCAGCUGGAACGCGAACAAAGGGUGUUUCGCCCCGAGAGCGUCUCCACGGGCACGCAGGAAGGUGUCACCAUUCCGGAGCCCUUUGAGCUCUCUGAGUGCAAGGACCGAAACAAGGAGUUCCGACGUCCCCUGCUUGACGAGGACUGUACGUUUGCGCCGCAGACCAACGAGACUCACAACCGAGAGAUGAUCCAGCAGUUAAUGGGCAUGGUGAAGGCGAGAACAAAGAUUGUUGCGCUUGCCACUGGAUGCCCAUGCUACCACAAGCUGUCAGCAUGCCAGCAGGAUGGUAGCACGUCUGCUGCGGCCUGGAUUGAGGCGGCUGGAGCCAUCUUCGCCACUUCCAGGAGAUAUUGGCAAAGCGUGAAACUUUACGGCCGCUCUGAAGGUGCAACCUUGGAGAAGAUUGACACUGCGGAUGUCUUGUGUGAAGCUGGCGAAAAAGUCCUGGACCAUUUGGUUCUCCGACACAUAGCCGGUGCACAGCAGGUUAAGAACCGAUCCACGCAGGUCAAAUGGACCCGCGGCAGCGAGCAGAGCAUAGGCGACAUUGGGGGCAAAGCAACGAUGCGCGUGUUUGCCAAGAACUCGAGAGUUGCCCUGCAUGCUGCCAGCGUGGAGCAGCUGAUGUGCGGGCGUUGUUCACAGGUGUAUGUUCCAGGAUACAAUUGCCAAGUGUUGGUGCGGCGGGUGGGAAAGAGGAGGAAGAUUAUGAUGACGAAGAGUGGCAGGAAGGCGCUUCCAGAGAGCAAGCGCCCUGACCGGAAGACUACAGACGGGGCACAAGGAGGCAGUGUGCGAAAGCAUCCUCUCAGCAAGAUAAGAAGGUGCGUUCACUAUAUUUGCCGGUGGUGUGGCUGGCGACGACAGGUGCUCCUUCCUCGUCAGCCUCAGCGCCCUCUGCGUGAGGUGUCGGGCGCGCGGCCGUCAACACUGACGUUAGCUGAGAAAAAGCAGGUGGCAGUCAACGAGGAGGCUCGAAAUGCGGCCAUGGCAGCCAAAAGGCUCAAAAAAGCAAAGGCGCAAGCCAAAAGCACGUCCUCACGCAAGGUUUCUGAGGGGAUUAGCCAGGGCGACUUCGUGACAAAGGAUGGAGGACCGGAUUCUGUGACCCUCGCCUCAACAUCCUUAGCCCAAGAGGAGCCAGCAGCUCAAGAGGCCGCGCAGUUGCGGGCCUCAAACAUCAAGAAGCAGGAGCAGGAGCACCCAGUCAAGAUUCACAACUCGGCAACAGAAAUGCCACAGGCAUUGCAGCAGAAACGCAUGCAAGUUGAAGCGAAGCAGGAACCAAAGGCCAAGCGUCGACCCCGGCAGGACACGAUGAGUCGAGCGCUGGGGCAGCUUGCACAAGCUCAGGAACCGAGCUUCUGA